GCGUUUCAAAGGUGUGCAGCCGUAACUUGCCCGUGCAGCCUAUGCAUCGGGAUUUGUCCAAUAAAUUAACGUUCAAAGGCAUCAUUAAUGCUCAUUAAUACUAGUUAGUCACUGUUUAUUGUAUGAGCAGUUUGCCAGGAAGUCACCACCAGCAGGCUGCAGCUUGGAUCACCAGGAGACCUCUCUGGAUUUUCUCGCAGGAUCAACAGAGGCAAGAGGAGGGGUGAAUGAAUUCUGCUGUGCUACAGCCUGUGGGCCACAGGCUGGGCAUUUAUCUGUCUGCAGAUAAUUUACAAGAUCCUAAACCCUUUGUUGCAGCAAGAGGUUUUUAUUCUCCAAAGAUAAAGCCAUGGCUGAAAUGAGUAAUAGUAACUUCAGUAAAACAACGAGUAUUCAGCAAGCAAUAGCUUCUUGUUGUGGAGCUAUAAUCACAUCAUUAUUUGUAACUCCUCUUGAUGUUGUCAAAAUUCGACUGCAAGCCCAAAGCAAUCCAUUCCCCAAAGGAAAGUGUUUUGUAUACUCCAAUGGCCUUAUGGAUCAUAUAUGUGUUUGUGAGAGCAGGGACAGCAAAGGCUGGUAUAAGAAAAAUGGGCAUUUCAAAGGGACACUGGAUGCAUUUGUAAAAAUUAUUAAAAUAGAAGGAAUUAAAUCACUGUGGAGUGGACUUCCACCAACACUAAUAAUGGCACUUCCUACUACAGUAAUCUAUUUCACCUGCUAUGAACAACUGAGUGAAGCUCUGAAGUCUAGACUAGGGAAGGAUAGUGACCACAUUCCAAUAGUUGCAGGUUCCUUAAGCAGAUUAGGUUCAGUUACUGUAGUGAGUCCCCUGGAGCUGAUCAGAACUAGAAUGCAGUAUCGGAAGUUGUCCUACAAGCAACUGCACAUGUGUAUCAGUAGUACAGUGGCUAGAGAUGGGUGGCUUUCCCUGUGGAGAGGCUGGAGUUCUACUGUUCUGAGAGAUGUGCCUUUCUCAGCAAUGUACUGGUAUAAUUAUGAACGAUUCAAGAAGAUGAUGUGCAAGAAUCUUGGUGCACAGGAACCAACAUUUCUUAUUGCUUUUACUUCCGGGGCAGCAUCUGGCUCUAUUGCAGCUGUCAUAACUCUGCCGUUUGAUGUAGUGAAAACACAUAGGCAGACUGAACUUUGGGAGGGUGAGACCUUAAAAACUCCACAGAGUGCAUCAACCUGGGCAGUUAUGAGGAAAAUUGUUGCCAAAAAUGGGAUUGCUGGAUUAUUUGCUGGUAUUGUUCCACGGCUGUUUAAAGUUGCUCCUGCCUGUGCCAUAAUGAUCAGCACAUAUGAAUACGGGAAGUCUUUCUUUAGUCAUUUAAAUGAAAAAUCAAACCAACAUCCUUAAUUCUUCUUCAUCCAACUGUGAGAAGUCAAAACUUAUGGUGAAGCUUGUGCCAAAUCUGAAUCGGUCAAGGCAUCUUUCUGCAACUACAUUUGGUACCUAAAUGCAAC